UUCCAUUCUGCUGCCGAAACUUCAUAGUGCCUUAAUUGAACCCACCGGCACCCUCCCCAUGCAUCUAUCUCGCCUUCUCAUUUAAUACCAUUCCGAUCAUAUGUCUCCUCCACGCAAACCACAAUCAUUUCCAUCGCAUCUGAUCUCCAACAAAAAUGAUAAUCUUCUCUCCAAUUUUAAUCCUCAUUUUUACAGUCCUACUUGUCUUCCUACUUUCCCAAACCAAAUCCAAGAAGCUCAACCUUCCUCCAGGGCCCCCUGGUUGGCCUAUUGUUGGUAACCUCCUCCAAGUCGCACGUUCCGGAAAGCCUUAUUUCGUCUUUGUGAACGAUGUGAGGCAAAAAUAUGGCCCAAUUUUCACCCUCAAGAUGGGGACAAGAACCAUGAUUUUUCUCAGCGACCCCAAACUAAUCCACGAGGCGUUGAUCGAGAACGGCGCACUCUACGCUAGCAGGCCCCCCGAGACUCCAACAAGAAACGUCUUCAGCGUCAACAAGUUCACAGUUAACGCCGCCACGUACGGUCCCAUCUGGCGGUCUCUAAGGAAGAACAUGGUUCAAAACAUGCUGAGCUCCACCAGGCUAAAGGAGUUUCGUUCUGUGAGAGAGAAGGCGAUGAACAAACUCAUCGACAGGCUCAGAGCCGAAGCAGAGGCUAACAACGGAGUUGUUUGGGUGCUAAAGGAUGCAAGAUUCGCCGUCUUCUGCAUACUCCUGACCAUGUGUUUCGGCCUCGAAAUGGACGAAGAAACCGUUGAGAAAAUGGAUGAGAUGAUGAAACUGGUCCUCAUCACGGUGGACGCGAAAAUCUACGACUACCUCCCCAUCCUGAAGCCUUUUUACUCAAAGCAGAGGAAGAGAGCCAUGGAAGUUCGUAAGGAGCAGAUUGAGUUUAUGGUUCCUUUCAUUGAUAAGAGAAAGAGGGCAAUCGAAAACCCAGGCUCGGAACUCUCCGCCACUCCAUUUUCAUACCUGGACACGCUGUUUGAUCUCAAAAUCGAAGGGCGAAAAUCAGCGCCAUCAGACGAUGAAGUGGUUACCCUCUGCUCUGAGUUUCUUAACGGCGGCACUGACACAACGGCCACAGCAGUUGAGUGGGGAAUUGCUGAACUGAUUGAGAACCCACACGUACAAAAGAAGCUGUUUGAGGAGAUCAAAGAAACGGUUGGGGAGAGGAAAGUGAACGAAAAGGACGUGGAGAAGAUGCCGUACUUGCAAGCAGUGGUGAAGGAGCUCUUAAGGAAGCAUCCUCCAACGUACUUCACACUCACUCAUGCAGUUACCGAACCGACAACUAUAUCAGGGUUUGACAUACCAACUGAUGUAAACGUGGAAAUCUUCCUUGCGCCCUUUGGAAAUGACCCCAAAUUAUGGACUAAACCGGAGAAGUUCGAACCGGAGAGGUUCAUGGAUGGAGGAAUGGACAAGGACGUUGACAUUACCGGAGUGACCGGGACCAUGAAGAUGAUGCCUUUUGGGGUUGGGAGAAGGAUAUGCCCUGGUCUGGGUAUGGCCACAGUUCAUGUUCACCUGAUGCUGGCCAGGAUGGUGCAAGAGUUUGAGUGGAGUGCAUAUCCCGAGGGGAAGCCGUUGGACUUCAGUGGCAAGUUGGUGUUCACUGUGGUCAUGAAGGAAUCUCUCAGAGCAACCAUUAAGCUAAGAUAAUGAUCAUCAGCAAAAUGAGAUGUGCAGUAGUAGUAGCAGUAUAAUGUAAGAUUAUGGUUACUGUAUACUGAUAAUUUUGUCAAACAUGAAUUUGACUAUAUUGUACUUUUUGCUUUUUCUAUCUUUGUUAGCAUAGCAUAAUAAUGGAAAUGAUUUUCCUUGUGUAUUUAAA